AUGAGUGAAUUUCUAAACAUAAUCCUAAAGGAAUCCGAUGACGAUUUGAACUAUGACGAUCCAGACUUCACACAACCAGACGAUUUGAAGGAAGAACCGGAGGAGAAACCGUUGAUGUCUCUUAGGAGAACCCUGUACCCUUGUCAUAAGUGCUCCAAACUGUUCACCAGCAAGUUCAACUUGAAUAAACAUAUGAGUAAAGAUUGCAACCCGAACGAAACGACGGAUUGGAUCACCAAGACGGAAAAUGGCAAGAGGAUAUACUUCUGCAAAAAGUGCCCUUUAACCUUCCCCACCGUCAGGGAGCUACAGAUUCAUAGAAAGGAGCACUUGCCAAAAGAGUACGUGGAGUAUCACUACUACAGCUUCGACGACAUCCAAGAGCUCUACGUGUGCAACACUUGCUCAGCAGAAUUCAAAGACGAGGAGGAGGCCAAGAAGCACGUCAAAGGCCACUCGGAGAUAUUCGAUUGUAGGUUUUGCGAGGAGAAGUUUCAGACAUUGUUCCAACUGGGGAGUCACAUCAAGACCACCCAUAGCGACGACGGCCAAUUCAGCUGCCCGCUCUGUCCCGACCAACAAUUCUCCAAGGCCUCCCAUUUUAUGAAACACGUGGCAAUCAAACACCAAAAACGGUACAUGUACAACUGUCCCGAGUGCGGUCGCGGGUUCCACAGUAAAACCUUGUGCCGAGAGCACCAGAACGUGCACAAGGGCAUCAAACCGUUCGUUUGCGUGGUCUGUAACGCCGGAUUCACUUACUCCAAGUCGGUGGUGACCCACCAGCUGAAGGCCCACCGGGUGGAGAUCCUCGGCAAGUCCCACGCCACCGAGUGCACCUUCUGUAGGCACCGUUUUGUCACCGUCGCCUCCCUGGAGAGGCACGUGUUACAAUGCCACGGCACCCCCAAGCCUCCCAAGGAGAAAAUCCAUCUGUGCGACAUUUGCGGCAUGGGAUUCGUUAAGAAGAACAAAUUGGUGGUGCACCAGAGGGUCCACACGGGAGUGAAGCCUUAUCCCUGCCGUUUCCCAACCAGUAUCAACCAGGAGGAGCUGCAGAUCAAGGACGAAUCAACUACAGACGAAGAAAACAAAAACGAAAUAAAAUGCAAAAAAUGCCCAGAAACCUUCUCGACCAUAACGCAGCUAAAACAGCACAGAAAACUGCACAAAAACGUCAUUGAACUGCCGGAGCACACGUACAAACUGGACACCCUGCAGGACCUUUACAUAUGUUGCACCUGCUCUGCAGAAUUCCAGAAGGAACUCGAAGUGAAGCAGCACGUGAAAGAUUUCCACGAGAAUGAGUACUGCUGCUCCCAGUGUCCAAAGACGUUCCAGACCCUGUUGCAGGUGGCCCGGCACUCUGGAAAGCACGAUCCAGAGGGACGCAUGAGCUGCUCCUUGUGCCCUUUCCAGACUCUGAAAAAGAGCACGUUGCACACGCACAUCAACGGGGUCCACUUGAAAAAAUUCCUUUACUUUUGUCCCACAUGCGGCAAGGGGUUUAACGAUCAGUUGCUCUUUAAGGAGCACGCGAAUGAGCAUUUGGGGGCGAGACCUUUUGCAUGUAUCGUGUGUGGUAAGAGUUUCACUUAUAGCAGGUACCUGACCACCCACCAGAUCAGAAACCAUCGGGUAAACAUAGAAGGCACCCUCCUCCCGAACCAGUGUCCAGUAUGCAGCAAACGGUACAGUAAACCAGAAUCAUUGGAGAAGCACCUCAAAGAGAUCCACUUGAAAAAAGGCCCUCACGAGAAGAAGCAUCUCUGUGACACGUGCGGCAAAGGGUUUGCCACUCGCAGCAAACUAGUGGUCCACGAGAGAGUCCACACCGGAUACAAACCUUACGCUUGCACGUGCUGCGGUAAGUGUUUCACCAAAAGGGACUAUUUGGACCAAACGUACCAGAUCGGGAAAGUAUCAGCGCUACGUCUGCAUACAAUGCAACAAAAUGUCCAAAACUCAAAGUGUAACUUUUGCUCUACCACGUCAUCGAGUGAAAGUGCCAUUAAAGUUCAUUUAACAGAACAUGCCACCAGUUGCAACACUUGUCUAUUAAAAUUCGAAAAUAUUUUCUUGCUGGGGCUCCAUAUGGCGGAGCACGACGACUCCGAAAGAAUCUUCUGUCCCUCCUGUGAUUUCUCUGGAAAAUUGCCUGCUCUGUUAAAGAAACACAUCAGCAGCAACCACUUUGUGGUUAAAGUAGAAGAAAACGACGAGGACUACAAAGUUUCUAGUGACUUUGUAGAAAGUGAAGAGGACGAGGAAGAAGAGAAACCUAAAAAGAAGUCUUGCCUUAAGGAUGUGCGCAGGAGAACGAACGCCCAACGAGUAUGCAAGGUCUGCAACAAGGAGUUCACCACAGCAAAAGACCUGAAGAACCACAAAAAGGUCCAUAAAGCAGAAAGGCUCGAGUCCCUCUACAAAUUCAAUGCGGUCAAGGAGACUUACACCUGCGACACUUGCCUGAGCGAGUUCGAAACGAAAGACCAAAUCCUGGAGCACGUGGAGGUCCACACCUUCACUUGCCCGGUUUGCUCUCAAAAAUUCAAAAAAGCCCUUCUGAUGGGCCUUCACAUGGCCGAGCACAACCCGGAAGACUUCAUAAGUUGUCCAAUAUGCAACCACGAGUUCAAAACCAGAUGCAAGAGCAGACUGGCGAGGCACAUCAGACAAACCCACCAAAAAGAACGUCCCAAGACCAGCCAGUGCGAGUACUGCGGCUCCUCCUACCUCUCGAAAACGAUGCUGGAGGACCACAUCCGGGUGGUUCACCUAAAAAAGGAACCCUCCAAGUGUAUAGUCUGUGGCAGCACCUUCACUCUACAAUCCAGCAUGAGAAUCCACCAAAUAAACAAGCACCGGGUUGUGGACGAGAGCGAGCUGCCGUCCAACUAUUGCACCUUGUGCAAGAUGACCUUCAAGAAACCCUCCUCCUUGGAGAAACACUUGGAGAUGAAACGUUGCAUCCCCUCGCCGAGGGUCGAGCGCCAAGGUCACUUCAUCUGCGAUCUUUGUGGCAAAGAGUUCAGGUUUUUCAAGACCUUUAAACUGCACCUCAGGGAGCAUGCGGGAGACAAGCCUUACAAGUGCUCCUUCUGUCCCAAAUCAUUCGUGAUCAACUCCAAACGGUUGGCCCACGAGGUCUCGCACACCGACUCCAGGCCGUUUUCCUGCGAGAGCUGCGGUCAGAGCUACAAGACCUGGAAGCACCUCAGAAGGCACCUGGUGAUCCACGGUACCAACCCCAAAGCGAGUUUCAACUGCUCGUUUUGCGGCAAAGAGUUUGCUAACAAAGACACUCAGAGGGGUCAUAUGAAGAAGUGUUCUAGGCCCGAGAGGCCUCCUGGGGAGCUGUUUUCCAGCACCUUCGGAGGUACCGCCUAA